UAUGUAUAACUAAAUCUCACAAAAAAAUAGUUUUAAUUAGUUAAAACAAAAUUUAAAACGUUUGCUGAAUUAUUUUCUCCCACAAUUAUUAAAACCAAAGUGCCAAAUCAUCUGUUAAGGGUUUGCUGAAUUAUUUUCUCCCACAAUUAUUAAAACCAAAGUGCCAAAUCAUCUGUUAAGGGGUAUCUAUUAUAAUGGCUGCAAAUACUAUUUCCACAGAUGUUCAAAUAAGAUAUUUGUUACAAUGGUUUUCUGAAUGGAGUGAUCUCCAGCGAAGUGAUUUUUUACCGAUACUUGCAGAACAAAUUGGAUCAUCUUCAAAUUCUGUUUACAUGAAUGGUGUUGUGAAUUCUUUAGCAAAUGCAACGUGUGAUGAUAAGCCUAUGAAUUUAUUUCAAUGUCGGGUAAAAUUGUUCCGAGGAUGGACAGCCAAUUGGACAGCUGAUGAAAUGAAAAGGCUAGCAGAAAAAUUCAGCGAGAUUGAUUCAAGCUUUGGAGAAAAACUAGCAGAUGAGCUGAGCCCCAAAACAAAUAAGGACGAUAAAACUGAAAAUCCACCAGAACCAGCAGAGCCCCAGGGUAUUGAAGAUGUUACAGAAAACAUCAAUGCUGUGGAUAAUGUUGAUAAAAGCAUGAUAACUGCUUAAUUAUGAAUUUUCUAUCACAUCAAUAUUAUCCUCAGGUAACUAUGAGAAACAUUCAUUCCACUAUUGUAUGGGAAAUAUUUUAAA